GUGGCUCGCGUCUGUUCAUCCUUCUCAUACCACCCGCUCUCGUACUGCGCCCUGCUACCUGGAAUCCGUGCGCUCCAGUACACUCUCACAUCAUACUACUUUUGACUACUUUGCUGCCCCCUCCGCAUUGUAUUCGACAUCCCUAUCACAAUGCCUGCUCGACUAUUGCCUACCUCAUCCGCCUCGCCCCCCUCGUCCCCUUCUAAAAGCACGCCUUCAACUUGUGAACCCGCGAAGCGCAACAAUUUCCUAGCAAAGUUCAAAUCGUCCGCGAUCUACAAAGUACUGUUCAUUCCGGACCUCUGCGAUAUCAUUGUUCGGUUCCUCUACGAUCCUGACCGGCCAGAGACCCGAGUCUCUGUCGCACGCCUUGCCCGCACACACCCAAAACUACACCACACGGCGAGCCGCAUCCUGUGGGGAAAUAUGGACUCGUUCGUUCCUUUACUCAAGCUUAUACCGGGGUAUACCUGGAGGAAGGAUCGUGACGAACGUGGGGACACCCGUUGGGACGUCGAAGAGGCCAAUACCACUGGCUCGAAAUCGUCCCAAACGGUCGUUGACACCGUCCGGUUUGAACACCACUCCCGCUACGUGAAGAAAUUUAUAUGGACCGACAAGGACCUCACACCACGGACGCUGUCCUUCUUCGUGAACGCACUGUCGUCGCUCAACAAGCCAUGGCUCCCCGCCGUGCGGGUCUUCGACGACCUCUCGCUUCACAGUGUCCCGCCGUUCGCACUUGUUGCCUCUCCCAACUUACAGGACCUCUGGGUGACCGCGACACUCGCCAAGGAAGAGGCCCUGAUGGCGUUGUUCGACGAGCUGCUGUCGCGCUGUCGCGACCUCCAGCAUCUACACAUACGGGAGCCGAGGCGGACUGACGAGCGGGGGCUCGGCGACUCCAAGGUGUUCUACCCCGCAUUCACAAACUUCCUCCGCAAAGGCAUCGACGGGAAGGCACUGAUGGGUCUGCGCACCCUCCGCAUGACCGUGCCCAUCGUCUGGGAGGACAUCGUUUCCCUCGCACGGCUGCCCUGUCUCGAGGGGGUUGAUGUAGCCUUGUGGAUCGACCCUAAGCUGCCGACCGACUUCGAGCGACUGCCACCCGGUUCGUUCCCCAGCCUGACCCGCCUGUGGCUCGACCUACCUGCGCUUAACGCCGAGGCCGAGCAUCUCCUCGAUAGCAUCGACUCCGUCUGUCUGGCCGACAUAUCGAUGCUGAUCACGGAUGUAGCCCCUGAUGCCACGAGGGUGUGCAGGCUCUUCGAGGGUCUGACGAAGAGUCCGUUCCGCGAUGCGCUCACGCGGUUUUUCUUCGUCGUGUCCAGCGCAUCUCAAGAGUCCAUCGUCCCCGGCUCACGAACGCUGGCAUCCAGCACGUAUACCCUGCGGCCACUUCUCCGACUCCGCAAUCUGCGCUGCCUUGACCUCGGUCUGCCCCGAAUAACCCUCUGUUGCGACGACGUCAACGCUCUCGCCUCCGCCUUUCCGCGCCUCGAGCGCAUCAAAGUUCAACAGACCUGGGACGGCAUGACACCUGUCGGUGUCGAGUGCCUCUCAGCGUUCUCAGCGAAGUGCCCGGACCUGAAGCACAUAGGAUUUGACGUCUGGCUGGGCCGCACAUUGUGCUCGUGCGAGACGUGUAGGCAUCCUGUCACAACGAAGUCUGUGACGCGCCACAGUUGCCGCGUUCUGUGCCCGGACAAGUUCAACUAUCAUUGUACGGUGGCGUAUCUCAUGAUUCUGUUUCCGGGAACGGCAACACCGGAGCUGAGAGCCAAAUACAUGCAGUACCUCGUGCGAGCGAACGCUAUUGCUCGAGGCUCUGGUGAAGUCGUUACAGGCGAAGGCGCGGCAGGGGAAGGCGCGGUGGGGGAAGGCGCGGCGGGGGAAGGCGCGGCGGGGGAAGGCGCGGCGGGAGAAGUGGCUGCUGGUGAAGCCGCUGCAGGGGAAGUCGCCGAUGAAGUCGCUGCUGGCGAUGCUCAAUGAAAACAUCAUCCUUUAAUUCAGUAGAUGUUGAAUACCUCGUUGCGCCUCGUUGUAACACUAGACAUGUAAUCUGCUGUAUUGGUUCAAGGUUACUGUAUAGAUAGUUCCCUCCGCGUUUGUAGGUAUUGGACUGUAUUGUCUACCCGAUGAAUACAGUGUAUCGGCUUCUCUGUCUGCCA